AUGCGUUUGGCGGGACGGAGGUAGGAAGGUCGAUGGCGGGGAGGAGUUCUGAGGGCGGGAGAGACGCGCUGCUGUUUCUUUCCCCAUCGCAGGUGCUGCUCAUUCCACGCGGGAGGGAGAGGACCGGCGUGGGGGUGUCUAACGGCCCCGAAGACCCAUCAGAUUGUUUCCCAAGCUGAUCACGGGGAGCCCCACUCGCUAAUGGGCCUGUAUCUGUUUCCCGGUUGCAUUUAUACUCUUCCCCACACGCGCCUUUUUCCUCCAAGGAGCUCGGGGUGGCGCGCAUGUUUUCCCUCCCCCUUCUCAUUUCACCCCCCACAACAACCCUGUGGGUUAGGACGGAGAGGAAGUGGGCGGCCCAAGGUCACCCGGGGAGCCCCGUGACCGAGUGGGGGGGGAUUCGAACCCAGGUCCCUCGUCCGACACUGUGACCAUUACACACCACCCAACCAACCUGGUCGUCAGAGGUACGAGGCCUCUGGAGAAUAGGGCGGUUUAUGCUUAGUUGCCAUUUUCCUCGAUGAACUGCUUUGCUCUACGCCGAAAACCGUGUAAACUAGCAGUCUUCGGCCUUUUCUUUUUUUUUGGAUAAUUUUUUAUUAGAAUUUAAAAAGAGGGAUGCAAACAUUAUUAUAUCUUUUUGUAUUCAAACUAUAACGUUAAUCUGGAUAAAAUCACAGAUCCAGAGGAAAAGGAAGAGCGAGAGAAAGAAAGAAGUAGAGAAAUAGAAGAAGGAUUUAAAAAAAAAAAUUAAAGUUAAAGCAACUAAAGAACUCCCGAUUCUUCAUCUGUCAGCCAUAUACAGGGUGAGUCCUUUAAAAGAGGCCCCGUGGAUACAGAGUACACAUGUUCCACAGGGCCUCUUUUAAAAAACUCACCCUGUAUAAACAUCAUCCCACUCAUCCACUCCAGUAUAACACCCAGCAGGACUAUUUUCUUUAAAUCAACAUUAUCUUCAGCCUUCAAACCCGAAUGUCAAUAUUUCUUUUUCUUUUUCAUGCAAAAAGUUUGUAAGUGGUUUCCAAUCUUUAGUAAAUGUCAACAGUGACUUUUCUCUGAUUAAACAUGUCCAUUUUGCCAUCCCAGCUAAGUUCAAUAAUUUUAAACCAUACUUGCCAAAUAAUGAAUUUGGAGACUCAGGUCUAUUCUCUUUUUAAACAUGGGUGGUGGUAAUAAUUCUAUUGUGAGCCACCUGAGACGAGGCUUCGACAUGGGUUCUGACUGCCCCUGCUUGAAGACCCAAGAUAUAAAUCAGUGAUGAUUGCUAUACAGAGCUUUGGCUCAGUGGAAUAGCACCUGCUUUUGCAUGCAGAAGGGCCCAGGUUCAACGCUUGACACCUCCUGGUAGUGCUGGGAGAGAACCCUGUCUGAAAUUCUGAACAGUCACUGCCAGUCAGUGUAGACAGUACUGAGCUUAUAUGGACCAAUGGACUCAGUAUAAUACAACUUCCUUUUUCUGUUUUUUAUAGCAGCAAAUUUCUUAAGUUAACUAUGCUCCGUAUAAAGAUGUGCAUUUCUCUUUUUGGCCUUCUUUGAAUCCACUACCCAUCAGUUUCACUGGGUCACUAAGUGGGAGAGAUUUCUUUCAGUUUAGCCUCCCCUGGGUUUCUACCCUCACCCUAAGACUGAGCUGCUGCAUACAUGAGUCUGCACUUGCCUUGGUUUUAUAGCCUCUCUUACCCAAGUAUUGAGGUGAGAGAGAGCAACUCUAGAUGAAAGAACCUGAAAACAUCAAUAGCCCUGAUAUUUUGCAUUUAUAUUGCACUUUGGAGUGUUCAAAGCACUUACAGAUUUCUCAUAACAGCCUUAUAACAUCUUUGGCCCUGUUCACAAUAACUGUCAGUUAAUAUAGUUUUAACUUGCUCUUGUUUUGCAUCCCUUGAAAUUUGUAAGUCGUUUGCUAAUGCUCAGGGCAGGCUGACUGAUAUGUUUGGAUUGGGAAAAAGUAAUUUCUCCAUAGCUCAUUGUUGAUUAGAGAUGAGAGACUUGGGGAGGCAGGAAUUGCCUUCUUUGUAACAAGUUACUUUCUUGACUUUAUUUUCUGAAGCUUUUCCCUCUAUCAUAUAACUCUCUGUAGGCUAGAGUGUGGGGGAGCUGUUUAUUUAUUUAUUUAUUUUGGCUUUCCCACAGUUCAAAUAACAGGGAUCAAGAUAGUAUGGAAGAUUCUGAAGGGGACUUGUCUAUUCUGAGAGAAGCCAUCCUGUUUGAAUUGCAUCCUAAUCAGAUCAUUGCAAAGAGCCUGUGAGUCUUUUCUUUCUGGAAAUUAUUUUUUCAUUUUUCUAUUUACUGCCAGUAAGAAACAGCCAAAACCUCCCUUUAGGGGGCAAAACAAACCAACCAGAAUCCACAUAAUGUAGAUAUGUUUUGGGACAUUUAAAUUUGGCCCAUUGGCUGUUAAAUUAAUGUAAGUUAGAUUUGGUUCUGUUCUUCUGAUACACCACAAAUGACUUUUGGAUAACAGAGUAGCUUAUUUUAGUUGAUGUGACAAUUUAAAUGUUCUUGCACAUCUUACACAUCUAUGUAAGUUGCACAUUGAAGUCCACUACCUGAAUAGCUGUCUUGAUGACCAUAUAAAAUAUGCAAAGAUUCUGCUUUCCAGCCUUAAGAGACGAUUAUUUGCAGAUAUUAUUGUUAGUACAAGGCUAGAGGCCACACCUACCCAAACAGCAAGUACUAUUAAUGUACUAUGAAAUUUCAGCUCCACUUUAUUUAUUUGCGCUGAUGAUAUGUCCAACCUCUUACUGCCAGGGUACAACAUCUGAGAACCUUGGUGGCUUUAACUGACCCAGAGGAUGGAAUACUGUUUCAGACUCCAGAUGGUGAGUGGCUAGUAGAUUUAUCCAUGCCUGUUUAACGUCACCAUAAAAGAGCUUUCUUCCUGUACAAUUCUUCCCUUUUAGGGAAUUGGUCACUGGAGACUAAGGAAAAUGCUAUUAAGGGCCACUGAAUGAGCCUAGCACAUGAAUGGGUUGAUGGGGGUGGGGAUGUCAGACUCGAGAGAUAGAGCAUGAUAAAUAUAUGAUAAAACUCUGGUGUUUGACAUGCACACAAAGGUACCAUAGAAAAUUCAAUGAAUCUGGAGCAUCUAGUCCCUUUGUCAUUUUUGUAAGGCAUUUUAGGAACAUGUAAGAACAAAAUAUUGUUCUUGCUAUAUUCCAGAGUUGGAUAGAAGUCUGACAGUACCACAUCAAUGCAGAUAGUAAUAAAAAGAAACUACUGAGUUACAAACCCAGUAGAAGGAAUUCACUUUUUACAAAAGGAGAAAAUGCCACUGUCGUGCUAAAUAAGGUUUUCGUUUCCAAAUGAGAAGCAAAAUCUUGCGCAACUAUUCAGGGACAGCGAAAAUUUAGUACUACCAGACUCAAAAUUGUAUGUCACAGAUUUUGUUAAUUUGUAAGUAUUAGCCUAGAAGAGAUCACAUUUCUCUGUCUUAUGCAAGUGUUUCUUUCUUGCCUUAUUUAAGACAGCUGAUCUUUAGUGCCAGAAGACACUUUUGGCAGGAAGCUACUGAUGGAUCAUCUAAUUUUUGCAAAAUUAUCAGUUAAAACUAGUGUUAUAUUCUGUAAAUCUAUGUUCUGGCCCACUACAUGGAAAAUUGCUCAGCUGGCAAUUUCUGAAAGUAUAUUAUUACCAGUGCUAUGUGGAUGAGGAUACGCUGGUCGAUUUAGUUAAACAAUGAAUGAAUGACAAAUGAUUGUUUGUCUGUGUAGCAUCCCAUAAACGUAAAAGUGUUUUGACCUAUUCAGGACUACAGAACUACAGGAUUUAUUUUAGAGAAUUUACUAAUUGGCAGUGCUUAACACAUUACAGUGUGGCUGGUUUAUAAAAAACCAAAAGCAACUCCAGAACUGUUUUAUCUGAGACAGUAGCUGAGAUGGGCUUCUCCUGCUAAUCCUUUUCUCCCUCCACCCCUUCUUUUGUAUUGGAUUUUUGUUUUUAGAGUUCUUGAAGUACAUGAAGGGCGGGUGUCAUGGUAUGGUUUCCUUUUCACAGUUGAACUUCACUGGGGUUUUUUUGUUUUUGUUUUGUUUUUGUUCCAGGCUUUAAACUCCCCGGGCAGCUGGAAAACUUAAUUGGCUGCAGCAAGGUCUAA